UUCGCUCUGAGGAGGCGGCCCUGGGCGGCCAUUUCGGGGCCUCCCUUCUUCCCUCCUCCUCUCGCCCUAGUCCUUAGCCUACUACUGCUGCGGCCUAUAGGCUCCGGCUGGGGAUGGAGGGCGAGAGCACCACGGCCCUCCUGCCGGGCUUCGUCUUCGGGGCCCUGGCUUUCCACCACCUCAGCACCGACUCUGACACGGAAGGUUUCCUCCUUGGGGACGUGAAGGGCGAAGCUAAAAAUAGUAUUACGGACUCCCAAAUGGACGAUGUUGAAGUGGUUUAUACAAUUGAUAUACAGAAACACAUUCCAUGUUAUCAACCCUUCAGCUUUUACAAUUCUGCUGGAGAACUGAAUGAGGCACUGCUGAAGAAAAUAUUGUCAAGAUGCCAGAAGACUGUGGUAGGCUGGUACAAGCUCAGGCGCAAUACUGACCAGACCAUGACUUUCCGAGAGCGACUCCUUCAUACACGUUUACAAUCACACUUUUCAAAUCAGGGUCUUGUUUUUCUGUUACUAACUUCCAGUGUAACUUCUUCAAGUUCAUCCACUUACAAACUUGAGUAUGCCUUGCACAAACCACAAGAAGGUCUUUUCCAGAAAGUUCCUCUUAUUGUGGCCAAUCUGGGAAUGGCAGAGCAACAAGGUUACAGAACUGUAUCUGGUUCUUGUAUUUCUUCUGGCUUUUGUAGAGCAAUUGCAGAACACAGGUCAGAAUUUUUUAAUGAAGAUGGGUCUCUAAAAGAGGUACAUAAGAUUAAUGAAAUGUAUGCUACUUUGCAGGAGGAACUAAAGAAUCUAUGCAGUAAAGUAGUGGAUAGUGAAAGGCUGAUAGAGAAUCUAUUAGCAGAAGUAGAUCAACUAAGAGAAGAAGUAAAAAGAAAAAAAGAACAUAUGCUAAUUGCAGAAAAAAACAAAAGCCAUCCAGAUGAGCCAAAAGAGAAUAUUUUCCUUUGUCAGGCUUUGCAAAACUUUUUCCCAAACUCCGGACUAAACAUGAACAUUGUUACUUUAAAAGGAAGACAGCUUUCUAAGUAUUGCUGCACUGUUGACCACAACAUCAGAGUAACAGACCAACUAACAUUAAUGCUCAAAGAAACUAAUUUUCCUGAAGCUGAAACAAGGCUAGCAAUGAAACGAAAAGCUAGUGUAAGUACAAGUGGAACAAAUCCCUUCAAAAGACUAAGAUCAUUCCAACUUCGUCAAAAACCAUUUCGAGAAGAAAAUGGCAAUUGUGACCAAGAAAGAAAUAUGAGCAAUGCUGAACCAGAUGAGGAUGAACCUCAAGAGCCUGGUGAAUACACACGUUCUCCAACUAUCUAAAUUUUUCUAGAGAUAUAAAGGAUUUUUUCUAUAGUUAUCCUCUGUAUUUGCUGCAUAUACAGUUACCAUUCUGCGUUAAUUCAGGGCGUCUGGGCAAAAUCCCUCAGAUAGUAAAAUUCACUCAUUACACCAACAUUGUCCUUACAAUUCAAGAAAGACAAAGCAGUCUCAUAUUCUCAGGGAUUAUUUCAGACAGUACCAUAGAACAGGCCACAAAUAUUUAGAGUUUUGUUUUUUAAUACCAGGUAUACUUAAGAAGUGGUUAUACUGGAGGCCCAACACUUCUGUGACCCAAAAAAUAUGGAAGCAGACCAAACUUAAUAGCCCAUUUAAUACAUCCCUUUUGAUUAUGCACUAACACUUGAAUUUUUCCUAAUUUUGUUAUUACUACUACACUUUAGUUUUGGAAGGGUGCAGAAACCUGGGAUUGGGGACCACAUGCCAUACCCUCCCCACCCCGAUACAUACAAUACAGAUAUGUGUUGCUAAUGCUCACUACAAUUUCAAGAAACAAAGCUAUUCGGUUUACAAAAGGAAUAAAUCAUUAAUUAUGAGACAAUGUCAGGACAAAUACUCAUCACCCUUUCUUUUGUAUUCUGCAUACAGAAGGAAAUAACAAUAGACUGAUUGUUGAGGUGGAAGUGGCUUGUUUAUUGAGGUUCUAUUAGUAAUGAGCACAAAGUAAUAACAAAAAUACAUUUAUUAGGUACAAUUAACAGUUCAUUCUGGAUAUUUAAUAUUACAUAUUUUAGGGUCACUGAGGAAUGUUGGGUCCUUAUAUGUCACCGACAUAAAUCCUGUAACAUAAUCAUCAAGAUGUUAGGUUUUG